AUUUAACUUUAUGAAAAAAGACAAAUUUGAAAACCAUCAGAAUUGAUGUAUUACGCGAGUUUCCUUGACCAAGAGUGCAAUUGUGGUGGGGCACAAAGUACUAGACAUCCAUGGCGUGUGCUCCAAGUAAACUUCCACACCAAGUUCAGUUCAUAAAUGGUGGCCGGCCCCAACUCUUUGGCACCCCCGGCCCGUACGUAUAUAUAGUGCGGAUCAUAAACUUUUAUUACUCGAUCUCUUCCUUCCUGUGAAGCAUCGAUUGAUAGUGGGGAAGCAGCAGCAACUGAUGAUGAUGAUGAUGAAUCAUCAACCCGCUUUGCCGCCGGAAAUCAUAGCUGAGAUAUUGCAAUGGCUGCCCGUUAAAUCCGUCUUAAAGUUCAGAUCAUGGACUGCUGCUUGGAGUCUGCCCUGUGUAGCCGAACUUUUUGUGAGACGGCCAUCCCUUUUCCAGUGGAAGUGGAUUGCGACAGGAUUUCCAUUGUGGAUUCGUGCAAUGGGCUGCUUUGUCUCGCUACUGACCACCAUGUCAUCCUGUGGAACCCGGCUACUCGAGAAUCCAAAAUGGUACCCCAUGUGGCCGCCGCAGAGGUGGAACCGAAAUCAUAUGAUCAUGAAAUUGGAUUUGGGUUUGGCGAAUCUUGCGGUGAUUACAAGGUAGUGAAGCUCAUUGAAGGCCGUGGGGAUGCAUCUAAGAGAAUUAUAGUAGCAAGUGUUUACAGUCUGAAGACUGACACUUGGAAGAGCAUAGAGGAUAUUGAGGGCAGGUUGAUGUCUCGAAAAGGGAAAUUUGUGGAUGGGAAGCUUUAUUGGGCGAUGAUAUACAAUUGUGGGCGAAGAAAAUGGAAGCAAUGCUCAGGGAAGGCGGUGGCGGGUGUUCUUUGUGUCGAUGUGAAGACAGAGACAUAUGAAGAAAUAGAGCCGCUUCUACCGCACUCUGAUGCUCCCAGCCUGAGGGUGGCUGUGCUGGACGGACGCCUUUGUCUGGUUUCUAAUUCUUCUGACAGUAAAGUAAUAAGUUUUUGGGUUCUGAUGAAGAACAAGCAGCAGCAGCGGCAGCAUCAAUCAGAAAGUUGGUCUAAAAUGUUCAAAAUUUUCGUGAGGAGGGGGGACAUGAAACCGUUGUACAAGCUGAGUAAGAGUGAGUUGCUGCUCCAUUCUUCUGACAGCUUGUUUGUCUACAAUGCUAAAGACAAGAGUUGCAGGUACACUGGACUGAGUAACUGCUCUUCUGCGCAUGUUUAUGUUGAAAGCUUGGUUUCCCCUACCAAGUAUCCCACCGCAGCUACCUAGCUGUUCAUAAAUAACGUACAGAGGAAUAUAAUUAUGGUGACUUGCAUUACUUGUAGCUAGGAUCAUACAUCUAUGGACGACAUUGUGCUCAUGUGGGGAUGGGUAUCUGAUUGAUUUCCUAUUGCUUUAUAUGUACUACUCUCUCCGUCCCAUUUUACCUGUCCUACUUUCUUUUUUAAGUUGUCUCAAAAUAAGUGUCUCCUUUCCUUUUUGGAAAAAAAUAUGUGGCGUACACCAUUUCACUUUAUUAUACUCAAAUCUCAACCACAACUUUUAUUUUUUCAACCACUUCAUUAAUAACCGUG